CCGUAGCCGAGCCUCGUCGACCGGUUUAGACCGGUCUCUCGGUUUGUUCCAACGUUUCGGUUUAAUGUUGCUGCGCGUUCAACUGACAGUGGCCGCUGUAUACGUGCGUUCGUUCGUUUACAAUCACGACGUUUACGUUCACGUUUACGUACCGUUUCGGUUCGAUUUCCAGUGACAGAAAUAAUAUAAAGUAUAAAUUGAUCUAGUAGGAUUCGGUCGAUUGUCGAGCGUCCAGUGAGUUUGUUGUUUUUUUGCGAUAUAUUUCGGGGAAUAACGGAAUAGAAAACCGGUAAAAACAUGUUACAGCUGGCAGCAAUGCUGGUUUUUCGCCCCCAUUGAAGAUGUGGUUCGAAUCUCAGAAUUGUGCCAUGAUGGGUGUGCAAGCUACGACAGGAAUAUCGGCAGGCGCCGGCGGCGGCGGCGGAUGUAAAAGAAAACUGGAGGCGGCGACGGCCCCAUCGGACUCGUCGACACCGGCGAAGACGGGUCGAUGGGAGGCGGACGACUGCAUAGCGCGGCUCCAAGCGGUGGCGGUACCGACGGCGGACGCUUGGCGAACGCCGACGCCAUCGCUAGCCGCCUCGACGACGACCGCCCUCGACGACGAUUUCGACGACGAGGAAUUCGACGACGAGCUAUCGGACGACGAGAAGUGCGCCGUAGUGGCGCCGGAACCGGCCAGGUUCACCCAACACCAGUACACCAGGUUUCAAACACAAACCGACUACUGGCAGUACUACCAACCGCCGCAACAGCAGACGAUCCGCUGCGAGGAGAACGGCAAGAGCUAUCUGGAAUUGGGCGCUUCGCCGCCGGCGAGGACGCGUUGCUGCGACGGCAGGACGCGGUGGUGUCACGUACCUUGUUAUCGUCAACGAAGAUUAGCAGUACUUAACCUGUCCAUGUGCAAAUUGGCGAGGUAUCGGCAAUGCUCCGAUCCCUCGUUGCGACGAUCGGUGCUCAUAUGCAAUACUUUGAGGCGGUUAGAGCGCGAAAUGGAAUCCGAACCGCCCGAACCCAGUUAUCCGGCGUCGUUGCCGCCAUUAUCUCCUAUUACGGUGCAAGAUACCAACUACGAACAAAGCUUGCGGGACAUGAAUUGCUCGGGUCGGGCGACGCCAUUUCCCUCCAAUCCUCCCGACAACGAUUCGGGUUUGGGAGACGACGAGACCACGAGGCCGAUCAAUUGGGGAUCGGUGUUGAGUUUGACUAGCCAAACGGACUUGGAGUCGCUUAAUAAUAACGAGUUGUACGCGGAAUUGGGACUGAGCGGUAGUGAAAAUUCGGAAUGGAAGGAAUCGGUGCGGACUGAGAACGAAUGGGAUGGUUUUAUGCACGUUUUAGUGGGUGGAACGUAGCAUUAGGCUACUGCUAAGCUAAAUAAAAUGUUUCACAUAGGUCAGGAAUCACGUCUUAAAACAACGGGAAACAUCGUCGCUUCGUUAUGGCGUAUUCGGAAAAAUCCCUGUGAAUUUGUGGUAUCGAUUUUUCCUUCGUUAAGUUCGAUAUUUUUUUUCUGUGAACUGGCCUAGCAUCUCAGGUUGUGAUUUAAAUAAUUUAGAGUUACAAAGACAAACAAAACGGUGCGCGCGAUAGAAUGCAGCUAUAGUUGUUAUUUUUUUUAAAUCAUGUAAUAGGUCUAUAUUGCAUUUGUAUUUUCUAUAACAUCGAAACGUCCUAAUAAUUUCAAAUUCAAAAAUCGAGUUAUUACAUACGAGUGUGGAUUCUUUCGAUAUUAUAUAAAAAAAUCAAUGCAGACCUAAUAUACUUAAUUUAAAACUGGUUUGAUGAUCUCUGAAUGCUCAAUUUUCAAUGAAAACAGCGCAGAAUUAACAGUGAUUUUCCUAAUAUAAAUUCGUCCACUUGAUUACUUGUUUUAAUUUCGAUUAAGCAUCGAUUAUUUUCGAUUAAAUUCUGUGCUGUGAACGCUCAAACUCAGUUUACUUAUUAUUAAUUUAAUUUUAAUGGAUAAAUCAAUUUCAAAUCCCCCGGAUGAAGGGAGGGCAUUCCUUUGUAUAUAGAGCAAUUGUGAAUAUAGAAAAGUAUGUGCAUAUUGUACAUAAGAGAAAAAAUUUAUUCUAAUUAGGUUUAUAUUUGUACAUAUUUAAUAUAUAUGUUAUGACAUACUUUAAAGAUGUGUAAAAGUAAUUUUAUUGAAAAGAAUAAUUGGCAAUAUGGUUCUAUUUUAGAUCAAAUUCAGCUCUCAAGCUAGUCUAAUUCUCGAAUUCUUCCAAUAAUAGUAAUAAUAUACAUUGAAUUGUUACUGUGAGAUGAAGACGAAAUUAUUGUAUUGACUUUUCAAUUUUAUUGUCAAAGUACAGAUAAUUCAGGUACAAAUGUCGCCUCUUUGAUUUGCUCUUUUAGCUUGAGGGUACAAUUCUAGUCCUUCAUUCGUCCCAUUUUUCAAGAAAGUAUCAGUCAGUAUUAAAGAAGCAAAAUGUUACUAAGUUACUUAACAUUAUUUGAAAAUUAAUUAGAAACCAGAAACCGUCCCAACGAACAUUGAGGUACUUCUUGAACAAUGGUUAAUUCGAUGUGUUUACUUGACUACGUACAUCUUUUUAUGCUAAACUAUCAAAUUUUUAUUUAUUCAAUAAAAAUCAAUGAGAACACAUUCUUUAAUUUAUUGCCUUAAUGUACUUAUACAAACGAAAAAUUCAAAUUUACCUGGUCCGAAAACACAUCGCUAACUUCGAUUUAAACAGUGUUUUAUUUAAAUAGUUAAUUCAUUGUCGAGCAAAGCCUAGUUCAAAAACAUUUUACAGCCGUUUGUUGGCCUAGAUUUAGCAUUCAAAUUCAAAAAAGAAAAUACUCGAAAACAGUCUUUUUUCAAUUUGAACUUUAAAUUCAAUAGAAAUUCUCUUGACAUGACGAAAAUUAUUUCAAUUUUUUUUAAUCGCUCGAAUCUGUGCUGGUAGUAUUUUGUAACACACAAUUUCAAGGCGAACUUGCCCUGGUCGAAUGAUCGAGCAAAUUCAUUUGAUUAGCGCAAAUUGGUCUUAAUUUUCUCGUCGAAAAACACAAGCCAAUUUCCGCAAAUUGUUUUUGAAAUAGUUUUUAUCCAUCGAUCGAAUAGAUUUCAUAAUACAAGGGGCACAAAUGAAACAAAAAAUAAAUUAUAAAAAAAAUGUAUAAGAACUUGUUGUGGUACGAAUGUAACCAUUUUUAUCCAUCACUAGUUGAAUUUUAUAAAGAAUCAUAAGGCAAUCAUAUUAUACUGUUUUUAUAAAUAUAUAUAAUGAAAUUGCUGUGUCUAAUUCUAAAGAAAUGAAAAAAUAUAUGUGCACAGAAAUUUUAAAAUAUUUUGAUAAUGUUGCAAUAAUAUUAAUAAUAAAAAAUUGAAAUAAGGUUACUAAAAGGCUCUUGAAGUGAUUAUAUUUACAUUUACUACUAAAAAAUAGUUCAAAAAAGUCUUACUUGUACGAAGAAUAUAAUUGUAAAUUUCACAACGAUACUUUAUACAAUGGAGGGCAGAGAGACGGCAUUUCAAGGGCCUUUUCUUUAAGUAGAAAAAUCUUGUCGUCCCACAUCGACGUGAUGUCAAUAAUGAAAAAACUUUACGUACAACACUUAAAAGGUGUGCAAGUAAACAUGUGAUAUCAUGUAAUAUGUUAGUGUUAAAAAAUAAAUUGGUAUAUAUACAUAUUACCUCAUUUAUUGUUUUAUAUUUUUAUGUUUUAAUAUAAUGAAAUGAGUAAAGA